AUGGACAAGGAAAACAUUCGUCCACUGAUGGAUGGAAAUGAUAUCAUCGAGUACAUUGGAGUAUCCAAGAGACUUGGGAACAAUGUUCUACAGGAGUUGGAGCAGCGAGCCAGCAAUAUUCUACCGAGGGUUUCUCCUGGGAAACAGCAGCUUUUGGAUGAGGUGAAUGGGGUGGUGCAGGGGUCGCAUGGACAGAUAAAGACAUCUAUAUCUAUGAAGUUUCAUGAUAAACAUGAGAAGCGAUUCCAGGACAUGGAGUCGAUUGAUACGCAUUAUUCGCUGGCCAAGUAUGUGGAUGGUUCUGAGAAGGUGUGUCAGACGCAGAAUCAAUAUCAAUCGGGUGAUGUCGCGAUGGAGGAGCCUCAGACACCGGCGAAAAGAAGUGAGGCUCAAAUAAGCAGUGAGGAUGAUGGGUCUGUGCAAAAGAAGCAAAAGUCUGUGAGCCGAGACUCUCAUGGAGGUGCUUCAUCAGUAGGGGAUGGUGCCGCUUUAUUCAGUCCUGUAACGGAUAUUACACAUAGAAUAAGAAGACUGAGAGUGCGCAUGUCGUCUGGAAGUGAAAGGGACAGACACGAAAGGGACCGUCGCAGAAACAUAAUCAGCAACACGCCAUUGCGUAGACAACAGCAGAUCCACGAGUCUGUGCCCAUGCCACCGUCGUCGCUGCCCACGUUUGCGAAACCCACUGCUACAUCCUUGCAAAGAAAGCAGCAAAACGAUCCGUUCCAGAGGUUGUUGGCAGCCUCGAAGUCAAACUCGAGGCCGGCAGCUGCAGCUGCAUCAAAACAAGCUUCGAAACAUGGCGAUAUAUUUAGAAAUUUGAAUAAGAAAGACACUACUACUACUACUACUAGUAGUAGUGCUGGCCCCGCUGCCACGACAAGCCGUGCUCCAAGCCGCACUACAAGUCGCACCACAAGUCGUACUACAAGCCGCGCGACCAGCAGAACAACAACACCAGAGAAACAACCACACAACAGGAUACCCAAAUCGAAAUCGGUGUUUGAGAGACUAUACGAGCAAUCCACUAUAUCAAGAUCUAAUUCAGCACAAGACGUGAGUCUGAAACCGGUCAGGAAACCAAACACAAGACUGCCUUCGUCCAAAACGCAAAACGACCUACACAGCGUCACGACUACAGCAGCAAAGCUUACAAAAUCAACAACAAUGCACAAUUUAUCGGUGAACAGACCUCAAUGGAGGUAA